AUGGAAGUGAUUGUUGUAAAAAAGGAAAGAUUAACUUAUACUGAACCUAUUACACCCUUAAAGGAAUUAUAUAUUAGAAAUGAUGAUGUAGGAGAUAAAUUUCGCAAAAACAUUCAUGCUUAUAACAGUAUUUUUGCUUUCACGUCUAUGAGAGUAAAAUUAGAUAAAGAUUUGGCCAGUG